CAAGAACUCUCAAAAUCAAUGGUUGGAGCAAAAUAGAAUAAAAUAGAUUAAUAAAAGCAAUUGAAGGUUUGAUAUCAAAUUGAGUGAAAGGUGCCUUGCCUAGGAAGGAACUGAAAUUGAUCAUGUCCUAAAAGGAGAAACAUAGGUUAGCAUGAUUAACAUUCAUCAUGAAGUUCUUUCCCUUAGUGCCUCUCCUAUUAUCAAUGGUAAAAAAAUCAUGAGAGGCAGCAUAGGUUACAGACCAGGCCUAGAACCCGAACCCAAAUAACCCGAUUACCAGUCGUAGGGCUGAUAAUCCGAUUCAAGUCACAUCAACAAUCUCCACCUAAGGGAAGGCAUAGAGACAACAAGAUAAGUCACUUAAGGCACAUAAUUGGGGCCUCCCACCACAAUACUCUGUAGUGCUCCAGCCAUUUUCCCCAUUCCCAUGCUGUACUAUCUGUCCCUUGAUUGCCUUGUCUCUGCUGCCCACGACCCUCCAAGACCAAAUACGAUGCAUUCCCUAUUCAAUUGUGGCCAAGUCCCCAACAAAAAAUGGCUUGGCUAGAAAACACAUCACAAGUUACAAAAAAAAAAAAAAAACUUCCCACCAUAUGUGAACAAGGUUUUCGUUUCAUUUCAUCUCGAGAGUUGUGUUGUUCUUGGUAGUCAAGAAUAUGUAAUAUGUAAGUGCAUUCGCAACAACACAGUCAACACUGAUCAGAGUUAACGUCGGGUGGAAUCCAGUUAAAAGUUUGGAGUUCACGCGGGGAUAUAGCUACCACUUACCAACACAUAUGUACAGAGGUAUGUGCGAUGGCGUGGAACUCAUGGUUCUCAUUUUUGAACUACUAUUACAUACAUUGUGGGCUGCUGCUAAGAUUUUGACCAAUUGUAUGCGUUGGACGCUCACAAGUCACAACCAUCUUCAAACUGUUGGAGUGUUGACGACCGGGUCAUCUCAUUUAUUGUUUUCGUCUCCUAACUGUAGACGAGGUUCUUUUCGCAUUUCUAAUCUUGUUUCCAUCUUCUUCAUACCGUAUAUUUAUUUCUUUUAUGAAUGACAUCGCUUGAAUUGUUUGAUCAACUGUGAUGGCAAGAAUCAAAUUUUUACAUCUUCGAUUUCACGAUUGGAUUCAUAUCAUCGAUCUUUGUUACUCUAUUUAUCUAUUAGGUUUUCAUAGCACUACUACAAUCAACCGACACAACACUCCCCUAUCCCAAUCUCCUUUCCCAAAACACACCCCCCAAGAGCAAAAGAGAGCAAAAACAAACAAACUUCUCAUUCCUUCACUUCCCCAGUCUGGUUUAUUUGUUAGUUUCUGGUCCUUCCUUUCUUCUUCGAUGUCAUUAUUAUCCAUUAAUUGUCACCAUCUCCAGUUCUCAACCCUUGAAUCAAUUCUCUCUCGGGAAUAUAUUAUCAUCCUCCAUUCCCCCCUCCUUUCUCUUUCUCUUCUUACUUAAUCAAUUCAAACGAAACAAUCAAUCCUCCAUAACACUCUGCUGCCUCCCUCCCUCUCUCUCUAGUCUCUCCCCCACUCUUUCUCUCUCUUAUCGAGAGAAAAAACCCAACUAGCUCCUCCCUUCUUUUGGGGAAUACGGCCCGAUUUCUCCCCUUGAAUCAAUUCCCAAUUCGACCACAAAAACCAGAAGAAAGAAUGGGAACCCAAGUCCUCUGUUUCCCCUGCAAAAACCCAUAACCAGUAAGUCUCUUUCUUUACUCUGCUCCAUAAGAGGGAAAACCGGAAAAUAAGCUCUUCCCCCCCAGCAAUUUCCAGAGAUUUCUCCCUUCUCUACCGGAAUUCAUCUUCUGGGUAAGUUAAUUUACCUAUAAAGUUCACUACUUUGCUUUCUUUUUUAUGGCUUUCUCUACUCAUCUCCUUCCUCUGUUCAUGGACACUGAUUAGCUUAUGAUGAUGACGACAAUUACGUGAUUAAUCAAUUGUUGUUGAUUAGCUGGGUCUGUUUUUGGCUGUUCUGAUUCCUCUUGCCGUGAUGUGAUUAGUUUAUGGGAUUUUAAUAUCAAGCUUGUUUUGUUUUGGGUUCCACUUUAAUCGUCAUAGAAAAACAGGGGAAAGCUCGCCAAAAAGAAAGAAGAAAUAUCCCAUGGAGUGACUUCGAAGGAUAAUCAAAACCCUUUCUAACAAGAGACAAACGUCAGCUGACCUCUUUAAAACGUUUAUCUUUCUGUUUUAUCAGUGACCUUUCGUCACUUUUUGUUUUGCUUAUUGAUGCCUACCCAUUCUACGAGUCUCCUUGUUAUCCACACAUAAUUUGUUCAUUCUACCCACUAAAUGAUGUAACUUCAGGUCUCUAUCGAUUCGAGUUCAAAACGUCCCAAAAGAAGUUGAUAACGAACAUAUUAAAUCAUAUAUAACACUAGUAAUCUCUAUAUUCGAACUCGAAAUUCUUCGAAAGCUACUAUUAAUGAGCGAAUUAAACCAUUUUUAUUAAUCAUAUUUAUCUAUAAUCAUGUAAUUUUCGAACGAGAUUAAUUAGAAGACUACACGAGUCUUCUCAUUAUCCCAAAUAUAUAUGGCUUAUUGUGCUAUUGGUUUCAUUCAUAUAAGAGAUUUCAGUCCUCUAGAUUUUAUUGGUUUGCAAAAUUAUAGUUUAAACUCUGAACAUUUCAGAAGACCGUUAUUGAUGAACAAUCUAAAUUAUCGCCACAAUAAUAUGAUAUUAUACCAUAAUUAUGAUAUUUUCAAUUUUAAUUUUUUCCCCUAAUGUGCAAUUCAAUUAGUGAGAUGAACAAACUCUUUUAUCCACUAGAAAGAUAAAAUGGCUAGCUAAUUAUGAAGAUUACCUACUAAUAUUAAGAGAUUGAAAACCUAAAGCAACAUUUAUCAUGUGCUAUUACUUCCCUAAUCCUUCACUGAUCUUGUUUUUUUGUCCUAAAUCUUCCUAACCAAAUACAUACUCUUAAUGUGGAAACAAUUCCAAAAUUAUUGAUUGUGUAUAUACCUCUGUUUUUCAGGCUGGCAAUCAUCAAUUAUUUUGGAGUGGCCUUUAUUAGGAGAGAAAGGGGAAAGAUCCAUUUGCCAAGAGAGUGGUUGGCAGGCGGAAAAUUACCAUUUCAUCCCUCAAGUUAUCCCAAUAUGACGAAACACUCCUUGAACAUUUCCCUCCAAUUCCUCCUCAGUUCGAUUUUGAUCCUCUUCUCAAUUUUCCCGCCACCCACAACGGCCAUAACGGAAACGGAAGCUCUGUUGCAGUUCAAGUCUCAUCUCAAGGACCCUCUGAACUUCCUUAGCUCAUGGAAGAAAGAUUCCGAAUCCCGCUGCAACUUCACGGGGAUCACAUGCGAUCAGGUCUCCGGCCAGACUACAGUUAUCUCGUUCGAUGAUAAGGCACUCUCCGGUGAGAUUUCUCCGGUGAUCUCGAAGCUCUCCGGCCUGACAACCCUUUGGCUGCCGAGUAAUUCGAUCUCGGGGAAGAUUCCACCGGAGAUCGCCUGGCUGAAGAAUCUCCGGGUGCUGAAUUUGACGGGGAAUAAUCUGGUCGGCGAAAUCCCUGAUCUAUCUUUCCUAAUGAAAUUGGAGGUUCUGGAUCUGUCACUCAACUUCUUCUCCGGCAGGAUUCCGGCGUGGGUCGGGAAUUUGAGUUCCCUUAAAAUGCUGGCAUUGGGACAGAACAAGUACUUGAAAGGUGAGAUUCCGGCGAGCAUUGGGAAUUUGAAGAAUCUAACUUAUCUCUUUCUGGCGAAUUCUCAUCUAGUCGGUUCGAUCCCCGAUGCGAUCUUCGAGCUGGAAGCUCUGGGGACGCUGGAUCUAUCCCGGAACAAGAUCUCAGGCGAGUUUCCGAAAUCGAUCUCCAAGCUACGAAGCCUGUUUAAAAUCGAGCUUUUCGACAACUUGCUGACCGGAGAGAUACCGGAGGAGCUCGGAAACCUGACACAUUUAAAAGAGCUGGACAUCUCCGCCAACGAAUUACACGGCGAGAUUCCGGCGAGCCUUGCGAAACUGGACUUCACCGUGUUUCAAGUCUACGAGAAUCACUUUACUGGAGAAAUUCCAUCUGGAUUCGGAGAAAUGCGCAGCCUGAACGGAUUCUCCAUCUACAGAAACAACUUCACCGGGGAAUUCCCACCGGAUUUCGGCAGGUUCUCUCCUCUCAACAGCUUCGACAUCUCUGAGAAUCAAUUCUCCGGAAACUUCCCAAAGUUCUUGUGCGAAGGUCAGAACUUGCAGUUCUUGCUGGCAUUGGAGAACAGCUUUUCCGGCGAGUUUCCUGAUUCCUACUCCAAGUGUAAAUCACUCCAGAGAUUCCGAAUCAACAACAACAGAUUUUCAGGAAAGAUUCCCGACGGAAUCUGGGCGAUGCCAUUCGCUGUGAUUAUCGACUUCAGUGGCAACAACUUCACCGGUGGAAUCUCCCCUGAAAUCGGCCUCUCUUCCAACUUGAACCAGCUGAUUCUCUUCAACAACAAAUUCGCCGGCGACAUUCCAUCGGAAAUUGGGAAUCUAGCCAACCUCGAGAGGCUUUAUCUAAACAACAACAACUUCUCAGGCCCAAUACCUUCAUCAAUCGGGAAGCUGAAACAGCUUUCAUCGCUCCAACUGGGGAAGAAUUCGCUCAGAGGAUCUAUCCCGCCGGAGAUCGUACAAUGCACCAAACUAGUAGACAUGAAUCUCGCCGACAACUCUCUCACCGGGCGAAUCCCAAACGGAUUCUCAAACCUCAUCACUCUCAACUCCUUCAACCUCUCCCGAAAUCAGCUCACCGGUCCGAUCCCCGAUGAUCUCGGCUCCCUGAAGCUCAGCUUGCUCGACCUCUCCGAAAAUCAGCUGACAGGUGAAAUCCCACCCUCCCUCCUCUCCAUGGCAGGGGAAAAAUCUUUCGCCGAAAACAGAGCACUCUGCAUCGAGAAUUCCUUCGCGGGAAGUGGUUCGGCGAUGAUCAGCGUCUGUACAGGGAAAGAAAACAGAGGAGAAGGGCAGAACUCUAGAUCAUUGAAGCUCGCAUUGUUCACCGCCGCUGCAGUCGCUCUAGUCCUCACUCUUGCCUGGCUUCUAUUCGCGAGCUACAUGAAUUUCAAGCACGAAUUGGCCGAUUCGGAGCUCGGAUUAGAGAGAAACAAGAAGAAGGAAGAAGAAGAAGAAGCAGAGCCGAAAUGGAACGUCUCGUCGUUUCACCAAGUCGAAAUCGAAGCCGACGAGAUCAGCAAGUUGGAGGAAGACAAUGUGAUAGGAAGUGGAGGCACAGGGAAAGUCUACCGCUUGGAAUUGAACAAGAAGGGAAUCACAGUUGCAGUGAAGAAGCUGUGGAAAGGAGAUGGAUUGAAGUUCUUCACCGCCGAAAUGGAGAUCUUGGGGAGGAUUAGGCACAGGAAUGUGGUGAAGCUUUACGCUUGCUUGUUGAAGGGUGGAUGCAGCUACUUGGUUUACGAGUACAUGCCGAAUGGGAACUUGUUCGAGGCGAUUCAUCGGAGGAUCAAAGGCGGGAAGCUGCCGGAGCUGGAUUGGGUUCAUAGAUACAGAAUUGCCCUUGGAGCUGCGAAAGGGAUUUCGUAUCUACACCAUGAUUGCUCCCCUCCCGUUGUUCACAGAGAUAUCAAGUCGAGCAACGUGUUGCUCGACGAGGAUUACGAGGCGAAGAUCGCGGAUUUCGGUGUGGCGAAGCUUGCUGAGGUGACUCAUGGUCAGCAAGGGUGUGAUCAUAGCUGCUUUGCUGGUACUCAUGGCUACAUUGCUCCUGAGAUGGCGUAUUCGCUGAAGGUGACAGAAAAGAGCGAUGUGUACAGUUUCGGAGUCGUGCUACUCGAGCUCGUGACGGGGAAGAAACCCAUCGAGGACGAUGACGAGCACGGGGAAGGCAAGGACAUUGUGUCGUGGGUAUCCAGUCAUCUCACCAACAACGAUAAUAUCGUCAGGAACGUUCUCGACGGUUCAGUGGCGACCAAUGAAGCCGUACGAGACGACAUCCUACGAGUCCUGAAAAUCGCGCUCCUCUGCACCACGAAGCUGCCGAGCCUGCGGCCGACGAUGCGAGAAGUGGUGAGGUUGCUCGUAGAUGCUGAGCCCUUGUCUGCUGAUGUUGGUACUGAUCAUGUGGAAGAUGUAGGGAAUGGUUACUAUCACAAGCAUGUACUUAAAUAAAUUUUUUGGGUUUUGAAUUGGGUUUAGUAGUGGUUGCUUUAGUGGGUUACAUAAUUAACGAUUCAAUUGUUAGAUAUGGGGAAAUGGUGGCCUGAAAAUAGUAAAAUUAGUGUUGAGGUCUUUUAAGAGGUUUCACUAAUAUUGUCAAAUUGAGGUAUCCUAUAAUGGUGAUGACUAAUAAAGUUCUAGUAGCUUUAAAUUAUGAACACUAGAUUUUCCUCUCUUCAACUCAAACCUUAUGUUUUCAAUAUUGAACCGACGUUGAACAUAAAAAAAAUUAAUGGUGUAUGUUUUA